AUGAGGAGGAUGAUCGACGAUGGCAUAGAGCCCGGGGUCUUGUCCUUCGGCGCUGUGAUCGACGUGUUCGCGAAGGCCGGCAAGGUGAAUUCGGCGCAGGCGUGGUUCGAGGAGAUGUUGAGGUUCGGCGUGCGCCCUGAUACAGUAAUUUUCAACGCUCUCAUCAACGCCUGCGCAAAAGUAUCGGAUCCAGACAAGGCGGAGUUUUGGCUAAUGCAGAUGAAGGAAGCCAACGUGAUGCCCGACGAGAAGACAUACAAUAGCGUCAUCAACGCGUGCGCUAAGCUGGGCCUCGUGGAUCGAGCCGAGCAUUGGUUCGGUCAGAUGGUUCAGAACGGCAUCAAGCUCGACACUAUCGGAUUUGCAGCUGUCAUCCAUGCCUGUGCAAAAGUUGGUGAUGUGGACAGGGCAGAGAAAUGGUUCAUGGAGAUGCGUCGCAACAGGAUCGCUCCGAAUCUCGUGUGCUUCAACACCAUGCUGCAUGCGUGCGCGCAGAAGGGCGACUCCUAUACAGCUGAAGUGUGGUUCCGCAAGCUGAGGUCCAUGGGCUUCGAGCCAAAUAAGAUCUCGUUCAACAGCCUGCUCAACGCCUCCGUGAAGCAGGGGAACAUUCCGCAGGUGCAGCAUUGGCUGGAGAUGAUGGUAUGCAGCGGGAUCCACCCUGACGGCGUGACCUUCUGGACCUUGGCCCGCGCUUUCUCUCCGCCGGGUGUGGAUGUGGACUCGAGGACUGGCGACAGCCAGGUCCUGGCCUGCAGCGCGAUCAUCGAGGCGUACAGCAAGGCUGGAGACCUUGACGGUGCCAGGUACUGGGUCGAUCAGCGCACCAGGGCGCGCCGUGAUGGCGGGACCACGCUGGAGUCGCCCGUGGACCCGACGCCGAGCGAUGCCCGCCAGCCCACCCGAGCCCGCGAGCCCUCACAGUACGUGGCGCGCCCCUGGCUCGGCGCCCCAGAGGUUGCGUUGCCCGAGCCCUGUGCCGACGCCUGCGCCGACUCCUACGCUGCGGGCGCUGUCGCGGGCUGCUACCCCGGUGCGCCGUCGCAGCCCCCCGCACCGCCGGCCGCCUGGCUCUAG